AUGGAACCCUCAUCGAGCAUAACAUCAUUGUCAAUAUGGAGCAUUGGAGUGGCGAUCUUCCUGCUGCACUGGGGGGUGUUCUUUGAUGAUUUCAUUGGAUGCGAGACACCGGUGCUCUCCAAGCUUUUUGAGCUGUGCGCAGAUGGCCUCUUCAUGAUCCUUGGAUGGACAACGGCAGCUGACAAAGGAGCUGUCGCGCCAUGUUUCCAGGGGAGGUGCAUCACUGACCGAUCAUGCUAUACUUGGCACUUGUAUGUGGAUGCUUCAAAUGACAAUGAGAAGGCGGGCAUCGGAGGGAUACUUCUUUCUGAAGCUGGUUCUUACAUCGGCCAUUUCAGCGAAUAUCUUGACGAGUCUGCAAAGGGCAUCCUUAACACGUCCGAAAGCGAGAAUCCGAUCUUCGAGCUUGAGUGCUUUGCCAUUUGGUGUGGCAUUUGGACGUGGGCACGGCUCUUCCGAAAUACUCAGGUGAUCAUCUUCACUGACAACGAAGGCGCUCUCUACAGCAUGGUGAACGGCAGGAGUACUAAUGAUGCUGGGAGUCGGAUCGUUUCAUCCACGCAUAGACUGCUUGAUGAACAUUUUGUCAACUCUUGGUUCGAGAGGGUGAAUACCUUCUCCAACUUGGCCGAUGAGCCAUCGCGCGGGAUUUCCAAAACCGAAUGGGGUGCUCGAGCUGCCAUUGAUUGCGAUCGCCUCGCUCAGAUGGCAAUUGGAUCAGGGG